GUUGGAGUAUGACCAAGUAUGACUCACGCUACUAUGUCAGUUUUUUACGGUUCUGUAAACUAUGUUUUUAUAAGUGCUUCCCCAUUUGUAUAAAUUAAAAACCUGGGCAAUCAUGAAUGUGCAGAAAUUACAUUGUGGGAAUGAAACAUUAAUUUCUUUACAGUCACCUUUAUUACAAGCUAUAUUUUUUGGAGAUAUAGACGAAGUUCGAGCAUUGUCAAGAACAGAGGAUGUCAAUUGGAAAGAUAGAAAGCAAAGUUCUCUUUUACAUGCAGCUGCAUACAGAGGAGAUGCAUUAAUAACAGAAACACUUUUAUUAAAUGGAGCUGCAGUCAAUGCGAAAGACAAAGAAUGGUUGACUCCAUUACACAGAGCUUGUUGCUCAGGGAACCAUAAUGUAGUAGAAGUUUUAUUACGUCACAAAGCUGAUGUCAAUAUCAGGGAUCGUAGUGGACAAACUCCUUUACACGUAGCAGCAGCGAAUAAUGCUGUACAAUGCAUAGAAUUGAUAGUUCCACAUUUAAGAGACAUCAAUGUAGCAGACAGAGGUGGCAGAACAAGUUUGCAUCAUGCAGCCUACAAUGGCCAUCUGGAAGCAACAGAAUAUUUGAUUCAAAUCGGUAGCGUGGUAAAUGCUUCUAAUAAGCAAGAUCGUAGACCUUUGCAUUUUGCAGCAUAUAUGGGACACGAUGGAAUUUUAAAAACACUCAUAGCAAGAGGAGCAGAUGUGGAUGUUGGAGAUCGAGAUUUAUAUACUCCGUUACAUGCGGCUGCAGCUUCUGGUAACGUAGAAUGUAUGCAUACAUUAAUCGAGUUUGGAGCAGAUAUUGAAGCAAAAAAUGUUUAUGGAAAUACUCCUUUGCACAUUGCGUGUUUGAAUGGUCAUGCUGAUGCAGUUGAAGAACUAAUGAGUAAUGCUGCAAACGUUGAGGCUGUAAAUUAUCGGGGACAAACACCGUUACAUGUUGCCGCUGCUAGUACUCAUGGUGUUCACUGUUUAGAAAUACUUUUACGCGCAGCUUUAAGAAUAAACGUUCAAUCGGAAGAUGGACGUACGCCUUUACAUAUGACAGCAAUUCAUGGUAGAUUUACUCGAUCAAAAAGUUUACUGGAUGCCGGAGCACUGCCAGAUACUAAAGACAAAAAUGGAAAUACCGCUUUACACGUAGCUGCUUGGUUUGGCCAUGAAUGUUUAACGACUACUUUGUUAGAGUAUGGUGCAUCUCCAGCAGCGCGUAAUUCGGAACAACGUACAGCAUUGCAUCUUAGCUGCUUGGCAGGACAUAUCGAGGUCUGUAGGAAAUUGUUGCAAGUCGAUAGUCGACGUAUAGAUUCAAGAGAUAUCGGUGGUAGAACACCGCUACAUUUAGCAGCGUUCAAAGGAUCUGUGGAUUGUUUAGAUUUAUUAUUAUCUAGUGGAGCUAAUUUUCGAUUAACCGAUAAUGAUAACAGGUUGGCACUUCAUCAUGCAGCCAGUCAGGGUCAUUAUCUUUGUGUUUUUACUUUGGUCGGAUUUGGAAGUGAUUCUAACGCACAAGAUGUAGACGGUGCGACACCUUUGCAUUUAGCUGCAGCGUCCAAUCCAACAGAUUCUGGUGCUCAAUGUGUUGUACAGUACUUGUUGAAACACAGAGCAGAUCCACGUUUACGUGACAAACGUGGUUUUACUGCUAUUCACUAUGCAGUAGCAGGAGGAAAUCAAGCAGCUUUAGAAGCUUUGUUAGACGCUUGUCCGCCAGAAAAUUUAGCAAUGUCGUCCAGUUGUACAGGCAAACAAGAACCCCCUUUACCGGCGCUAACACCUUUACAUCUUGCGGCAUAUCAUGGACAUAGCGAAAUACUAAACUUAUUGUUACCAUUAUUUUCGAAUACCAAUAUUAAAGAGGAUACCGGUAAAACCCCAUUAGAUUUAGCCUCGUAUAAAGGCCAUGAACAAUGCGUUCAAUUAUUAUUAAAGUAUAGAGCUUGCGUAUUGGUUCAGGAUUCUAUCACAAAGCGUACUCCAGUACAUUGCGCAGCUGCAGCUGGUCAUUUUAAUUGCUUAGUACUUCUUUUGGAAAAUGCUGAAGACUCGAGCGUACUUAAUUGUUACGACGCUAAGCAACGCACUCCUUUAACGUUGGCGGUGGCAAACAGUAACCCUGAGUGUGCCACGUUACUUUUAAAAUAUAAGGCUGAUUGUAAUUUGCCAGAUAUAAAUAAGCAUACGCCAUUAUUUCGAGCAGUGAUUAAAGAACGUGAUCAUCAGUUGGUAGAGUUAUUACUAUUGCAUGGUGCACAAGUGUCUGUGCAAGAUACAAAUGGUAAAACACCGCUACAUUUAGCUGCUGCCUGUGGAAGAGUGAAAGCAUUAGCUUCUCUUAUUAAAGCUGAUUCUGCAGCUGCUACAUUAAAAGACGAUCAGGGUUGUACUGUUCUUCACUGGGCUUGUUAUAAUGGAAACUCAAAUUGUGUAGAAUACUUGCUGGAACAAAAUGUAAUCGAUUCGUUGGAGGGUAAUCCAUUCUCAGCUGUUCAUUGUGCUGUAUAUCAGGGAUCGACGCAUUGUUUGGAAUUGCUAAUAAACAAAUUUGGAGGAAAACCAGUUGCUGCUCCAAGAGAUGUUCCUGGUGGUCGUCUGCCUUUACACGUUGCAGCUAGUUCAGGAUCUGUAGAAUGUGCCAGACUUAUUUUAAGUUCUGUAGGGCCUGAAUUAGCUGGACUCGAGACUCCGGAUUAUGCAGGUCGAACGCCUCUUCUCUGCGCUGCUAUUACGGGUCAAUGUAGUGCUAUUGAAUUAUUGCUUGAAUGGAAAGCUGAUGUGCGUGCUGUCGAUUGUAACAAGAACACAGCGCUACACUUGGCUUGUGAAAGACAACACUCUGCCGCUGCUUUACUGCUACUAAAUUGGAUUGAUUCGCUUAAUCUGAACGGUGAAAAUACCUCACAGUCGCAACAACAACAGCAGCAACAUCAACAACAACAACAACAACAACAACAACAACGUAUAGCUGUUAUUAAUAUGACCAAUGAACAUCAAAGAACUCCAUUACAUUUAGCAGCAAGAAAUGGGCUUGUAACGGUGACACGACGUUUAUUGCAAUUAGGAGCAAGUGUUGUAGCUGUUGAUAAGGAGGGACUUACUCCUGCAUUAGCUUGUGCUCCAAAUCCAGCUGUUGCACGAUGUUUAGCCACUAUUCUUGCUGCACAUGGUCAAAAUUGGGAAGUUGCACAACAGUCAUUGUCAAUUCAGCAAACAUCAGAGGUAUAUUUAAAUGGUAGAAGUGGUGAUUCACAACACAGUUCAGAUUCGGAGUUUUACUGACACUAGGAAUUUCGUUUAGAUCAUUAAAUAGUAAAAACUUAAAUAUUGACCAGCUUGCAAUGAUGAGAGUUAAAUAUUUUGAAUAUACUAGGACUAUGAGAGUACGCAGGUAAAAAUAAUUGUGAUUGAAAGUUUACACAAUGACGGAGAUUUACGAGAAUAAGCAAUUGAAUGACGGAAAGGUAUAUAAAUUUAGAUCUUAUCGAUGUAUCCAGUUAAUCAUUUGCAAUAUUUAAUGUGGCUGGACUAUGAAGAAAGUACCAACAUUAGAAGAGGUGGAAUCUAAAGAGAAGUGAAAUUUUGUCAACUAUAAAUGCAAUAAGAAAUAUCAGUAUGUUUCCGGAAUAUAUAAAUAAAUAAAUGACAAGAAGAAGAAGAAGAAGCUGGCAACAACGAGCAAAACAAAUUGCUUCUUCUUUAUAUAAAAUAAUUUUCACGACAGAUAAUUCAAUAUAUUUGUAAAAAUUGUACGUGAAAAUUGUUAUAAGAACGCAU